CUGUUGCUGUUGCAUUGAUUUUAGGUGUUUAAUGAACGCCGAAUCAAUGUUGAAACGGCUUUAUUGAUUUUAUUACAGAUACUUAUAAUAGAGAAUAAUGAUUUAAGUUUUAUUUACGAUUCCAAAUAAUAAUAAACAGCGCCAGAAAGAAAAUGGAUGAAGUACUGCAAAAAUUCAAUUCCGCUUUCGCUUGCGAUGAAACUCAAUAUGGUCCUAGAUCUGGCGAUCGGGGAACAUUAUACAAGAAUUGGGGUAGAUAUGGAAACCAAGAGCAAAGACGAAAGGAGAUUUUGAAUUUACAAAAAGGGAGCAGAUAUGAUAACUUAGACCAAUUUAGAGGGAUAUUUGACCUAUCUAAGACUAAUGAUCAACCAAUCUAUGGAAAUGAAAGGGCAUCUUAUAGACCAAAUAUAUAUGUUGCGGGUUUCACUAAAACACCAAAGACAUAUAAGAAUGUUCUUAUGCGGUCAGAAUGGUUAGUUGAGAAGCCGGAGGAUUUUAAUGAAAAUUGGUAUGUGGUAGCAUGUCCCAAAGGUGCCAGAGUACUAAUUGUGUCAGAUAGAGGAAUGACAAAACUUUAUACAAAAUAUGGACAGUUUAUAAAGGAAGUUCACACAGCUUUACCAGGCGGCAAUCCUGGUGAAAAUCACAUUAGAACAGGAAAAUUCUCUGUACUAGAUGGAUUUUAUUUGGAUGAAUAUGACACAGUGUAUGUGUUAGAUCUUCUUGCAUGGAAUAGUCAACCAAUGACUAAUGGAGAGGCUGAGUUUAGACAGUAUUGGUUGAAAACUCACCUACAGGAAAUUGAAGGGAUAAACAAAUUAUCAAAGAAAAACAAACUUACUUUCAAACUGUUACCUACUGCUUCUUGUGAUAAAGACUCAUUUAAUAAGUUCAUGAUGACAUUUCCACAUUUCACAAACUUCAAUCCCGCGUUGGAUGGGUUACUGUUCUAUCAUAAGCUGGCUAAUUACACCGCGGGACAAACUCCGCUUGUCGGUUGGCUCUACCCCUUCAUGGUGAGAGAAGUAUUGGGACAUGAUAUAACAGUGAAUGUUGCAUACGAGCUCCAAAGACCAAAAAAAUAUGAAAAUCAAGCAGUUUUCAUAGAAGAAUUUACAGAAAAAAUGAGGAAAAAAUGCAGGCCUUAUAAACCAUCUGCUAGUUUUAUGGAAACUGAAACUUCAGAGAUAGAAGCAGAAAAACCAAGGACGACUCCACAGCCACCUCAAAACAAAUAUAAUUAAGUUUACAUACAUGUAUUAGUAAACUAUCUCCAUAUACCUAUAAACUAAAUUUGUAUGGUAGUAUUAUGUAUUUAUUCUUCCAUUAAAAUAUUAAUUUUUACCACUGUGUGAUAAAUAUAACACGAGAUACACAUUUUAUUUUAAUACCCCGGUAAAAUGUACUAUUUGCAGUUACAUAAGUUUACGUAAGGGCCUUCAAUUUAAUUGUCAAUGCAUUUUUUUCGUUUUAGAAUGUUUUAGUAAUAAAAGUUUGUUUUAAAUGUUAAUGUAUACGAAAACAAUAGUGAAAUUCACAAUUAAAAGAGUUUUACUCUUUUUGUAUAAAGUACUUAUUUAUAAGUACGUAGUAGGGUUUAAUGUGACUUGUAUUUGACAUUUAAAUAAAUAAUUUCUUUUAGUUUCUCUAUGUUGGUGUCUUCGCUGUGUUUGUGAAAAAUAAGUUUCCAAAUUUAUUUGAAAUGUGCAUUGUAUUUCAAGACCAUGUAUUUUGAGGUUUAUAUAUUAUUAGCACUGUCUAGUGCUAGUUGACUUUAGUUAUAUGGCCAAUAUGACCAGUUUUUUUUAAAUAUGUGUCAACCCAAUUUUAUAGAUAAUAUAUGUUAAACUUAUUGGAUAUGGCUAACUAUAAAUGAAGUAGUAGUUGUAUUAAAUGAAUAUUUGUGAGUUUUUUAAUUUAUUUUUCUCAUUAGGUAACACUUAGUUUUUUUGAUAUUUUUAGUUUUUGGUACAAAGCAUUAUUUGUACUUAUGUAUAUUUUGUUCUCGCUAUUUUAUUAUUGCUUGUACCAGAUUCCUGGUUUUGUAUAUUUUUUAAAUGUUAAGUUAGUUAUUAAUUGAAACUAUGUAAUUUUUUUUUAUUAAGUUUUGUAAGGACUAUGUUGACAGUUGCUUAUGUUUAGAAAUGAGAAAGUAUUCGGUUUAGUCUGUAAUUUUUUACAUUAUUACGAAGUUGCUUUGAACUAUCGUAUGACAAUUAUUAAACAUAUGUAUUGUUACUUGAAAUGUAUAUUUAUAAAUGAUUUUGUAUAUGUC